UCCCGACAUGCGUUGCAAUCCGGAUCUUGAGUAUGGCCCUGAUCACCAUGACAUGUGCACUUUUGAAGUGACUAGUAGAAUCAGAGGGAGCAAGACGAGAAAGCAGAGGAUGCAGAGAAGAAAGACCUGGCCUGCCAUCUUCGUUAUGCUCCGGAUUGCCAUGAAGAGUUGCGACCGUUACAGUUACAAGAGGGAGGAGGAGGAGGAGGAGGAGAAGGAGGAAGAUGAGGAAGAGGAGGAGGAGGAGGAAGAGGACGAAGAGGAGAAGAGAGGGGGAAGAGGAGGAGGAGGAGGAAGAGGAAGAAAAAGAGGAAGAAGAGGAAAAGGAGGAGGAAGAGGAGGAGGAAGAGAGAGGAAGAAGAGGAAUAGUGAAAAUAGGGCUUCUCCCAAAAUCGCCUUGCAGCACGACCGACUUUCCCGACCAGGAAGAAGAGGAAGAAGAGGAGGAAUAGGGGGAGGGGGAGGAAAAAGUAGCGGAGAAGAGGAAGAAGAGGAAGAAGAGGAAGAAGAGGAAGAAGAGGAAGAAGAGGAAGAGAAAGAAAACGAGGAGGAACAAAAAGAGGAGGAAGAGGAAGAGGAAGAGGAAGAAGACGAAGAAGAGGAGGAAGAGGACGAAGAAGAGGAGGAAGAGGGGGAAAGAAGAGGAGAAAGAGGGACAGCUGUCGUCUUCCUGCUUUCAUGGGACAGCUUCCGUCUUCCUGCUUUCAUGAUCAUUCGCCAUAGUGAGGUCGAUUGACAACCAUGAGCACUAUCGCAUUUCUUAUC